AUGUUUGUCAUCAGCUAUGUGGCUUUCCUAGCCCUGCUAGGCAGUAGCGUGUCUGCAUUCGGCUCUCAUGCAGCCAAGAAUGGUCUCCUGCAGGUGCCUCCAUCAUUCGCUCGGGAUGGCAUCUUCUUAUACCCUGCUCUUCACCCAGAACAUGAUCCCAAUGACCUCAACCAUUUGGUCCCCGAGAAUUCUAAACAGUUGUACUACAGCCAGGAGGGCCACCGGCCUGCCUUGCACGGUUCCAAGCAUGCUCAAUUGCAGCCAACCUUUUCAUAUCCCACGGCUGUGUUAGAGCAUUCGAGCCAUAUCAAAGAUGUUACGUGUCAUGAUGGCCACAUCAAGGUCUGCUUCAAAACCCACGAGGCAUUGCAGACUGUGGAAAAAUCUUGGAAGCACGAUAUGGACUCAGAGAUAUUCCACCUGAUAACCUACCAUGUCGGGUGUGGACACCUGACAGGGGAACAGCGUUCUAUUUUCCGUGCAACACAGCCUGUCUUUAAUGAAAAAUGUGUGACUGUUGCUGCGGAGCUCCUUGAUCCGAAGGAAGCGUUCAAGGCAGGCGAGCUGUCAUGGGGAACAUAUGUCAACCCGCACAUUGCCAAGCGCCAGCCUGUUAAAGGGCACAUACGUGCUGCUGCACCUGAGGGGACAGGUGGAAAUGAUACUGUCAAUCUGACUGAGGAUGCAAAGGCGGUUAAAUACUUCUUCGGAACGGACCAGAUUAACACUGACAUACCGAGCACCUACAUGACGGGACUCGAUUCCCUCUCUGACGACGAGUAUGAGGACCAUGUAAGGCGGGGUCUGUUUUCUUGGAUUGUUGAAGGGAUAAAAUCAGUUGUCAAGGCAAUUAGCAACUUCUUUAAGGGCGUCGUGGAUAGGGUGGAGGCUGCCGUCAAUAUUGUAAUAAAAAUUGCGGCAGUUACUGUUAAACUGUUACUGGUGCCCUUUGGGGUUCCCUUUAAUGAGGCCUACCAUGCGGACAUGGACUUUGACCACCGAGCGGGUGGAGGAAGGCUAUCAACCGACUUAGGCAGUGCACUUUCUAUGAUAUCGGACAAUUUUGUGGUCUCGCAACAUGGAGCCGGCGCGAGCAUUAAAUGUGUAAGUUGUGGAGCUAAGGGGAAGUUCACUUUUGAUGGGAAAUUAGCGUUUGAUGUCUCCCAUGGUAUCUCCAGAGCAGAGGUUUCCUUCAUUAAUCAUGAUCCAUUUUUGAUUGAUGCUAUAUUUGCGCUCACUGUUGAUGCCAGAGCAUUCAAGACCAAACCCAACAACGAAAACGGAUUUAGUAUGACGGCGGAGAAGCAGAUAGCUGCAGUACCAUUAUCACCAUUUACUAUUCCAACAAUCAUCACCCUUGGGCCAGAAGUCUCUGUUAAUGUCGCAGCAAGCAUCUACUUUGAUGCACAUGGGGAGUUCACGGCUGGCGCAAGGUUUUCUAUCUCUGAGGGCCGUCUGGUACUGAAUGUGACGGACAAAGACAGAAAUGAGGCAUCAGGCUUUAAACCAUCCCUUGAGCCGGUAUUUAACAUGACGAAGGGAAACAUUGUCGCUACUGCAGACCUAGCCUUGCCAGUUGGUCUUGAGCUCGGGGUGGAUGUUCUCAUGGGUACAUGGAAGAAGACUAUUGGAGUGUUUGAUGCCCCUUCGGUCUAUCUUACAGCAGGUCACUCCAAAGGCGAAGGGCAUGCCUGUGAUGGGGUCGAGUUCCGCGCCGGAGCCAAGGAACGAGUCUAUUCCUCAGCCCUGGGCAUCUGGGAAGCCAAUGGGUGGGACGCACAGAAAGUGGAACCUUCUUCUGGAUUUUUCGCCGAAGUUGCGGAGUCGCUUGGUGGCGUGCACAGCCUGCCUUCUAGUAAAACACUCAACCUUACUCGGCCUGGCCCUAUUAUUCACGAGGACGAGCAUUUCGAGGAAGAGAAUGAAAAGAAAAAACACAAGUUGAGGAAGUUGCCGAAGACCAACGGGUUCCGACUGAUCCAGGAUGCCCAACAGACAGCAAUCCUGGUCUCUGGAACAGAUGGCAAGAUGUAUAUGGUCGACAACUCGGUGGAUUACGAUGUCAGCGCUCCCUGGGGUGCUAUGGAUCUCAAGAAGGACAUUUUUAGUUAUGAUGUCUUUGGCCGCCUAAUCUACUACAAUGCCUCUCAAGAUUUUUCUGUCAUUCCCGGCUUUAAUGCAACAGUGAACUCUAUAGACUCUAUGUUGAAAGAGUUACCUGCUGAAGCAAGAAAACUUUAUUCCGGUCUAUUUGACCCCAAUGUCCUAAAAGGUGGGAUGGUCGAAUUGGGCGUCGCCCGUGCGGAGGAGAUGCCUAAAGCUGUCCGAGUUGCGACUCUGUCGGUUCUGAAAGGUUCUCAGGACACUAGUAUCUAUGGAGUGGCAUUCAAUGGCACAUUUGUCAAAACAGUCCUUGGUGUCCCUGUUUCCGGACCAGAAGAAAUAGAGGUGAUCUGGUUUCCCACAGUGUGCCAAGAUCCUGGCCAAGGACUUCGACUUUAUGCGUCGAAGUACCUAGUUGACGAAAAUGGAAAUGCAAAAUCAGAACACAACUACAACGCAAACUUACAAUACGACAUGGACCGACUAAUCUUGAAUUUGGAUAGCAAGCGAAAGGUGUGCCGCACCGUGAGAUUGACUUCAGACGCGAAAAGCACUGUCUAG